AUGUCAGCAUUUUCCGAUCUUGCUGGGCUCCAGCCAAGACCGUACAAAUCUCCAAAUAUGUCUCCUACGUCUAGGUUUCAUUCGGAAGGAUUACCGCACUCAAUCACUGCUAUCGAUGCACAAAACUCAGAAGCAAUCUCAAAAUUUCUUGAAGCUUCGUCCGUGACACUCGUGCUAGAUGUGCGGCCAUUCAAUCUAUAUUCACAAUCACAUCUCAAGUCUGCCGUCAACAUAUGUGUGCCCACAACACUUCUCAAAAGACCUAGAUACGACUUGCAACAUAUGAUCAGCGCGAGCAACUUGCCAACAGAUUUGAAGGAGGCAGUUUUGGACAGCUCCAAGAACAUGAAAGUGCUCUUGUAUGAUUCUGCAAGCGUCGACUCCCAGUUGUCGUUUCAAUUGCACCAGACAAUGCUCAAGUUUCUUCCACACGAAAGAUUCGACUUGUCGUAUGUGAGAGGCGGUCUUGACAAAAUUGAUCCUUCACUCACCGAGAGCUCGUCUCUGAUGCUGCCCUUGGAUUCGCCUAUUUCUGGUGUUUCACCUGGUACACCCUUUCUAACGGGAUUCAGCUUGCCUUCGGCAACCAGCUCCGAUAACAAGCUUCUUAUGUCGAUCAAAAAAUCUAAUUUAAAAUUAGACACGGUUACGACUUACAAUUAUAAUUUCCAAUUCCCGGAGAACUUCGAACAAAAGAAAUCGCGGCUUCCUGGGUGGUUGUCUUUCUUUGCAGAUGUAUACGGCAAGAAAGAUAGCAUGCGCUUGAUUGUGGAGAGAUUCAAUGGUAUGUUCAAUCGACUUGAGAAGGCCGAGCAAGUUCGAUUGCGUAUGGCUAUUUCCAAUAUGGAUAAAAACUCGGAACUCUGCCGUCUGUGGGACCAGAAUCUUCAUGAUAGUGCAGGCUACGGAACACCACUGACACUAUGCCCUUGUUGCGACAAAAUCGAGUACACAAUUCCACAAGGCGUGGAGUAUGGCUACAAGAACAGAUAUAAUAAUAUUUGGCCGUAUGAGCAUUCCAGGGUGCAUUUAAUCUCGUCGCCCUCGUGCACGCACAAGAAAGACAGCUCUGAUGACUAUUUUAAUGCUAACUAUAUCUCUUACAAAAAGAUAUCCGACCGGGGGUAUAUUGCUACACAAAAUCCCUUGGAUGCUACCAAAGAUGACUUCUGGAGCACGGUCUGGUACAAGGGCGUGAAGGCUAUUGUUUGUCUCGCGGGUUCACCUGUUUUUGGGCAACAGGCAUACUACGAGCUAGACCAAUUUUUGGAAAAAAGCCAGCUCGAUAUCCGAAUCAAGAGCAGUGAGCAGUAUAGUAGCUUUACUUUGAGAGAAAUCGUUCUCACAAAGAAUGGAAAAUCCCAAACUGUGCACCAUUUUGCUUACCAAAAAUGGCCUGACUUUGGAACCCCUGAAGAAUUGAGUACGGUUUUUGAAUUGAUGAGAACUAAAGAUGAGAAAUUGGCUCUUCAUUAUGAUUCAGGAUCGUUUUUGGAUGAAACAACUGAAACCUGGGAUGUUUUGGUUCAUUGCUCCGCGGGAUGCGGGCGUACGGGUUGCUACAUUACUAUGGACAUGGUAGUGGAUAGCUUUAAAAAUCCAAAUCAUAACGAGAUACACUACGAUCCAUGGGGCAAUGAUGACUUGGUUUACAAGUCCAUUCAAUUCCAAAGACAACAAAGAAUCUCUAUGGUACAAAAUUUGGAUCAAUUUAUUUUUUGUUAUGAAAGCAUCUUGAAUUAUAUAGUCAACAACUUGAUUGAGUAA